UUUUUUCUGAAGAUACUGAUACAGCUUUUAAGCAGAGAGCCACUGUGUCCCCGUGUCAGCACAGUGUUGGGUAGAAGAUUUUACACUGUGCCGUUGAAUGACCCGAAAAUGGAUCCCUCUGCCGUGGUGUCGCCAGCAACAGUUCUGGAGCGGACAGCCUCGCGGCUUGGGUGCAGCCCGGCCGACGCGCGCCUCGCCGCUCACUUGGAUGACGAAGACGAGUUGAAGCACUUCCGCACUUGUUUCCAUAUCCCCAAAGCCAAGGACCUGCCUCCAACGGAUCUGAGCCUGGUGAAUGGUGACGAGAGCUGCGUCUACUUUGCCGGAAAUUCUCUUGGGCUUGAGCCAAGAAAAGUCAAAACUUACUUGGAUGAAGAGCUGGACAUGUGGGCUAGAACAGGUGUUCAUGGCCACUUCCACGGGCGCCGGCCGUGGGCCCUGGCGGACGAGUGCAUCGUGGACCUCAUGGACCAGCUUGUGGGGGCCCAAGGAGGAGAAGUAGCCUUAAUGAAUGGGCUAACUGUCAAUCUGCACCUCUUGCUGCUAUCUUUUUUUAAGCCUACACCAAGACGCUAUAAAAUUCUUCUAGAAACCAAAGCUUUUCCCUCUGACCAUUACGCCAUUGAAUCCCAGCUCCGAUUUCAUGGACUUGAUGUGGAGAAAUGCAUGCUCAUGAUACAUCCACGGGAGGGGGAGGAGACCUUGAGAACUGAAGAUAUCCUUGCUGUAAUUGAGAAGGAGGGGGACUCUAUUGCCGUAAUUCUGUUCAGCGGAGUGCAGUACUACACGGGACAGCUGUUCGACAUCCCCAGAAUAACAAAGGCUGGCCAAGAAAAGGGUUGCUUUGUGGGAUUUGACCUGGCUCAUGCCGUUGGCAACGUGGAACUUCAUUUACAUGAGUGGGGAGUAGAUUUUGCUUGCUGGUGUUCCUACAAGUAUUUGAAUUCUGGAGCAGGAGGUCUGGCUGCUGCCUACAUUCACCAGAAGCAUUCCCAGAGUAUUAAACCAGCGCUCGUUGGCUGGUGGGGACAUGAAUUCAAAACACGAUUUCUCAUGGAAAACAAAUUGCAACUGAGUGAAGGAAUUAAUGGCUUCCGCUUAUCGAAUCCUCCAAUUUUACUGGUCUGUGCUCUGCAAGCCAGUUUAGAGGUUUUUGGUCAAGCCACAAUGAAAGCCUUGCGAAGGAAAUCCAUCCUGCUCACUGGUUACUUGGAGUACCUGAUAAAGCAUCACUACAGCGAGGAUAAAACCAAUCCAGAGAAGCCUUUUGUUAAAAUAAUCACCCCGCCUCAGAUUGAGCAAAGAGGAUGCCAGCUUACUCUGUUUUUCUCCCUUCCAAUCAAAUCUGUAUUUAAAGAGCUGGAGAAAAGGGGAGUAGCGUGCGACCUGCGGGAGCCCAACGCGCUCCGGGUYGCCCCGGUUCCUCUUUACAACUCCUUCCGAGAUGUCCACAGAUUUGUUGAGAUCCUGGGAGCUGCAAUUACAGCUUCCAAACAAGCAGCAAACACCGUGUGCCCUGCUCCUCACUGAUGCCUCAGCUCCAUCUUUUAAUCCAUUUUUGACUAAGAUGCAUUUAUCCCACUGAGAGACUCUUUGUUCUUCGUAGCCUUAG